AUGAUGAAAGAGAAAACAGUGCCGAAAUUUCAGACAAAAGUGAACGACACAUGUUCGAAUGACAGACGGGAAUCUAAUAACGGAGAAGAAAGCCUUCCGCUGGGACAAUUAGAAGCAAAACGUCAGAAGGGAAGAGAAAAAAGUCACCCAGACUCCACUGCUACUGGGAAGGGCAAUUCUAACACGCUGCCAAUCAAAAACUUGAGCAUGCCUCUAGUAAGUAACCCAUUAACAGUCAGUGUCAGCAAAGGUAACACUGCGUACGAAAGAAGUGUGAACGGUAGCCGUAUAACAAUGCACUCAAACCUGGUACCUACUGAGACUCAGGACGUGUCGUGGUCUGAAAUCGAUACACUAGAUGACGUGAAGAAGAUGGCAAAAGAACCUAUCAUCAACGACGGGUUUCCAACAGAUUUUGAGGAUAGCCUCACAAAAAUGCGUCGCUCGCACGCUCAGUUGCUACGCUUAAUGAGAGAAAGAAAUCAGCGGCUAAAGUGUGUCAAACCCGUCCUUUCCGCGAUGUUGAGGAACCCUUCUCAAAAAUGUCAACAUGAUGCUUCAAUGGAUCAGGGACGAGAACCACAACCGGAGUUGGAUGACCCGGAAAUCACACUUGACGGGGAGAAUUACGUAAGCCAGAUUGUUGAUACCAUCAAGGGCCUUCACCGUUGA